CUCACACCUCAGCAGCAGCGUGCAAAUAAACACGCGUACACACGCGCACUCACGCACACACACACACCAUAUUCCCGCAUCCUGUAUUUUUAUGCACCUCGCACCGGGCGCUUUAUAAGCGGUCGUGGAUUAUGAUGCCAGUUUUUAUCACAGCGGAAUAUCGGCCUCUUUUUCUUCGACUGCAGCCGUAAACAGCAGUAUUAUCGCGUGCUUUUUUUUUUUUUUUUUAUAUAUUUAUUUUAAUUCCAGAUUUAUUUUGUAAUUUGGUUCCCUAGUACUACUGAGCACCGAGAGACCGCCGCGACGCAAAGCCCCACGUCCGAUGCUUUUGGAACAUGUCCUAUGUUCCCUUCCAAGAUGCAAGGUGUGCCGUCCCCCCCUCCUAUCAUCAUCAUCAUCACCACCAUCAUCGCUCCCAAGCCCACUCCUUCCACACUCCUUCCUACCACCGUCCCUCACACGAACGUCCCUCCUACGAUCGUCCCUCCUUCGAUCGUCCCUCCUUUGAGCGUCCUUCCUUUGAGCGACCUUCCUUUGAGCGUCCUUCCUUUGAACGUCCCUCCUUCGAUCGCCCAUCCUUUGACCGUCCGGCCUACGAGCGUCCCACCUACCACCGCCCAUUGCACGACCGCCCCAUCUACGACCGCCCAUUGCACGACCGCCAACCCCACGACCGCUGGAACCCUCGUCGUUGUGUGAGCUCCGGACAUCAGUACAGCAUGUUGGACCAGGAAGAGGUACACCCUCUGCUGAUGCGCGAGAGGCGCUCAGAGUCCCACAGGACCAAGCUACUGCGUCGGACAGUCAGCGUUCCUGUUGAGGGAAGGCAUCACCCCGAGAUGGAUCACCGUGCCCGGAGGAAGAGCAUAGCCACUGGGAAGCAACCCAGCAUGGAGGUCCCUCCCACUGCCCCCCUUCAACCCUUCCGACAAUCCAGUUUCCUCAGUAAGAGGUUGAAGGGCUCCAUCAAGAGGGCUAAGAGUCAGCCGAAACUGGACCGAACCAGCAGUUUCCGCCAAAUGAUCCUCCCCCGCUUCCGCAGUGCCGACCAAGACAGGACCCGUUUGAUGCAGAGCUUCAAAGAGUCCCACUCCCAUGAGUCCCUGCUGUCUCCCAGCAGCGCCGCUGAGGCGCUGGACCUCACACUGGACGAGGACGCCAUCAUCAAACCCGUCCACUCCAGCAUCCUGGGACAGGAGUACUGUUUUGAGGUGACAACGGCGUCAGGAACCAAGUGCUUUGCGUGUCGCUCAGCCGCAGAGAGAGACAAAUGGAUCGAGAACCUGCAGAGAGCUGUCAAGCCCAACAAGGACAACAGCCGGAGGGUGGACAAUGUGCUGAAACUGUGGAUAAUUGAAGCCCGCGAGCUCCCGGCUAAGAAGCGCUACUACUGCGAGCUGUGCCUGGACGACAUGCUGUACGCCCGCACCACCAGCAAGCCCCGCACCGACACCGUCUUCUGGGGAGAGCACUUUGAGUUCAACAACCUGCCGGCCGUCCGCAACCUUCGCCUUCAUCUGUACAAAGAGACGGACAAGAAGAGACGGAAGGAAAAGAGCACAUACUUAGGAUUGGUCAGCAUCCCCAUCUCGAGCAUCACCGGGCGGCAGUUUGUGGAGCAAUGGUACCCAGUCAUCCAGCCCAGCGUUCUCACAAAGGGAGCCGGCGUCGGAGGAGGGAAAAUUAUCAACGCGUCGCUUCGCCUCAAAUCCCGCUUCCAAACCAUGAACAUCCUGCCCAUGGAGCUCUACAAAGAGUUCGCCGAGUACGUCACCAACAACUAUCGCACCCUGUGCGCCGUGCUGGAGCCUGUGCUGAGCGUGAAGAGUAAAGAGGAAGUGGCCUGUGCUUUGGUGCAUAUCCUGCAAAGCACGGGGAAGGCAAAGGACUUCCUGUCUGACAUGGCCAUGUGUGAGGUAGACAGAUUUAUCGACCGAGAACACCUUAUAUUCAGAGAGAACACUCUGGCCACCAAAGCCAUAGAAGAGUACCUCAAACUGAUCGGACAUAAGUACCUCAAGGAUGCUAUCGGGGAGUUCAUAAGGGCCUUGUAUGAGUCAGAGGAAAAUUGCGAAGUGGACCCUAUGAGAAUACCACCCUCUGUGCUACCAGACCACCAAGCCAAUCUUCGAAUGUGCUGCGAACUGGCUCUCUGCAAAAUCGUUAAUUCCCAUUGUGUUUUCCCACGUGAGCUAAAGGAGGUUUUUGCGUCCUGGAGAGUGCGUUGUGCCGAAAGGGGUCGGGAAGACAUCGCUGAUCGCCUCAUCAGCGGAUCGCUCUUCCUGCGCUUCCUGUGUCCCGCCAUCAUGUCCCCGUCACUUUUCAAUCUCACCCAGGAGUAUCCCGACGAGCAGACGUCACGCACGCUCACUCUUAUCGCUAAAGUAGUGCAGAACCUUGCAAACUUCUCCAAGUUUGGCAGUAAGGAGGAGUACAUGUGUUUCAUGAAUGAGUUUUUAGAGAUGGAGUGGGGCUCCAUGCAGCAGUUCCUGUACGAGAUCUCCAACCUGGACAGCGUCAGCAAUGCGGGCGGCUUUGAGGGAUACAUCGAUCUGGGCAGGGAGCUGUCUAUCCUGCACAGCCUCCUGUGGGAGGUUAUGGCUCAGCUCAGCAAGGAUGCCAUCAUCAAGCUGGGCCCUUUGCCCCGCCUCUUGAAUGACAUCAGCAUGGCGUUGCGUAACCCUCACCUCCAGAGGCAGCCGAGCCACCAGACGGACCGGGUGCAGGACAGACAGUCGGACAGGCUGCUGUCUCGACCAAGCUUUAACAGAGGAAUCUCGUCAGAGUUCCAGAAUCUCAUGAUGAGGGAUUUAAACAGCUCCAUAGACAUUACUCGUUUGCCUUCUCCUACUUCCACCGGAGUGGUCAUGCCAUCCCGCGCCCAGCUGAGCUUUCAGGACCGCGAUCACCCUCAUCGAGCCUCCAAAGACAUGUUCUACGUUUCGCGGCCGCCCUUGGCCCGCUCCAGCCCGGCGUACUGCACGAGCAGCUCGGACAUCACGGAACCAGACGCUAAGGAUUCCCGAAUGAACAGCGUGUCUAACCUGCAGUCGGUGGACAUGCUCAACUCCUCCCAGGCCUCCAUCGCCGGUAUGGGCAGCUUCGGUGGGCUGAGCAGCGGAGGCGGUGGCGGCCUGGGGUCGGGCCUGAGCAGCCAGCUGCGGGCCGGUGGGAGGUUGUCAGCUGGCUCCGGCGGCUCCAGCAUGUCAGGCGGCCUCCGGCUGAGCCAGCUGAGCCAGAUGGGCACCACCACCGACUCGCUAUCCCAGCAGCAGCAACACCAGGCCGCCGCCAUGCGCUACCCGCUUUCCUUCCAGAAUCCUCUCUUUCAUCUGGCGACGGCUGACGGGCCACAACAACAGCUCCAUCACCAGCACAGCCGAGCUCAGCCCCCUGCGCCCCUGCUCCUGGCCCCUGACCCCGAGCCCUCUCACCAGGCCUACAUCCCACAGUUCGCCCAUGGGGGGUUCUCUCGCAGUGAGGAUCUGUCCACGCUCAGGACCCGGGAUGGUCACCUGGGCCAGCCCAGUAUAAUCCACUCGCACAGCUACAGUGACGACUACAGCAGGGCUGACUACGGACGCAGGCAAAUCUCCAUGCAUAUGCAGGAAAACCUCCAACAGCAACAUGAAAUGUUGGGAAUGGCCUCCCAGACUGGAACGUCCCACUCCUCCCUGGCCACCACUCCUCCCUCCACCGUUCAACCAAUGCGGCAGAGCUCUGUUGCUCCGCCUCCCAGCCAGCGCGUCAAGUCCCAGACUUCCCACCAGCUAUCCGUCAGUGCGGCGGCCGCGCCCGCCGCCUCUGGUAAAAGCCGUCCGCAGAGCGGGAACCUCCUCCAGUCUCCAGAGUCUGGCUACGGCGGCAGGCAGCACGGGCCCCGGCAGCUAUCGGUCAAAGACAACACUGCCCCGGGUCUUCCCCACCAGCAGAGCUCUGUCAGGGAAAGCGGGAGUCCACAAGGGACGACCAGUCAGAGCACUCAGCAGUCACCACAGCAGUCUCAACAGCACCUUUUAAAACCCACCAUGAGUAAACAGGGCUCCCAGUCACCUACCACCCUCAAUCCCCCGACCCCAGCGAACGAGCGGACAGUGGCCUGGGUCUCCAACAUGCCUCACCUGUCGGCCGACAUCGAAAGUUCACGAAUUGACCGAGAGGAGUUCAAGCUCAAGGAGUAUUCAAAAAGCAUGGAUGAGUCACGCAUGGACAGGGUCAAAGAGUAUGAGGAGGAAAUCAACUCUUUGAAGGAGCGUCUACUGAUGUCUCACAGAAAGCUGGAGGAGUAUGAGAGGAGGCUCCUAGUGCAGGAGCAGCAGACCAAUAAGAUCCUCCUACAGUACCAAAACCGUCUCGAGGACAGCGAGAGGAGGCUACGACAACAGCAAGUGGAGAAAGACUCCCAAAUUAAAGGAAUAAUUAACAGACUCAUGGCUGUGGAGGAUGAAAUAAGGGGAGGACCCAUUUAUGAGCCAAAAACCAGGAUUUUCGCUGAUCAGGGGAGGCGUCAGUCCAUCCUAGUGCAGCCCCGACUUGCGCCUGUCCCACCCCGAGUAUCCAGGAGGACCAGCUUUCCUCCCUGGGUUCAGCAGACCCCGGUGUGAAAACUGAAGGUGGAGGGGGAGGAGGAGGAGGAGGAGGAGAACAAGGAGGAGCGGUUACCAACGAUCAAGGCCCCACAGUCUCUUCCUCUGGCAUUUUCUCCAACACAUCGCCCCACAAUGGAGUCCUCCCCCAAAUUGUAGACCUUCCCUCCUCACCCACUCCUGAUUCACAACUUAGUCAGAAUGAAGAGCUCCGCGGCAAUCUAAAGACAACUUCACAGGCAACUGGAACCACAGCAACGGCAACUACGGGAAUCGCAGAUUAAAGGGGGGAGUAGGUCAAACACAACAGCGAGGAGCCAAAUCAGAGAGAGAUGGCACAAAGAAAAAAAACUGUACCCCCACUCCUGUUUUGUUUCCAUUUUACACAAAAAAAGACACUUUCUUGAAAACAUACAUGUGUCCUUAUGACCUGGGCAAGAGAGAGAAGAACACUGUGAGGGAGAGAAAUAAUAAUCACCCUGUAUAAUACAUAACACAUUAACACUAAGGGCUCUUCAAUGGACUUGAUGCUCACAUGGAGCUUUAGAUAGUAUUGGUCUUGCAGGACAAGAUCACGAUACUUUGCACCUAUUUUAAGUCUGUCACACAAAGCAACCUGCGCCUCUCUUUGACUCCAUCACGUAAGGAUUGAGCACUAAACUCUUGCACCCCAAAGACUUCAGAGUAGCCUUUAAAAAAGGAAGCAGUACAAGCUGUGGACCAGCAGUGCCUUUUAAAAGUAUUCAUACUCCUUAAACCUUUUUCAAUUUCAUUUCGUCACAACAACAGACUUAAAUGUGUUUUUUCUGGAAUUUUAUGUGACCAACACAAAGUUGUGCAUAAUUGUGAAGUCAAAGGGGAAGCAGACAUAUUUUUUUAAUAUUUCAGAUGGAUUUGUAGACAAGUCCCAGAGUUUCAGAGUCACGUACAGCUGCAAGUCUGCUGGAACAUCUCAACCAGCUUUGCACAUCUAGAGAUUAAGAUUGUGGAGAACAUCUGUGAACAUCAGCUUUUAAGUCUUGUCACAAUUUCAUAGAGUCUGGACUUUAACUAGACCAUCCAACACAUGACUAUGCCUAGCCAUGACUAGCCCAAGAUCAAAUUUAGUCUGACCAGAUCCAAAAUGUUUUCUGUGACCUUUUCAUGGCUUCUGUCAGUUACUCACUUCUUGCCACUCCUCCAUAAAGGCCAGAUUUGUGAACUGCGUGACUAAGAGCCGUCUUGUCGACAGAUUGUCCUACCUGAGCUCUGAAGCUCCUCCAGAGUCACCAUGGUGCUCUUGGCUGCCUCUGAUUAAUGCUUUCUUGCCCGACCUGACAUUUUAGAUGGACGCCCAUGUCUUGUGUCAUCCUCUCUCCAUCUUCAGAAGUCGGACUAAAGAGUCCUCUGUGAGAUGUUCAAAGCUUUGGACGUUACUUUAUGACCCAACCCACCUAAACUUCUCGGGAACUUCCUCACUGACCUUUCUGCUGGGUUCCUUGGUCUUCACCAUGCUGUUUCCACAAAACCUUUGAAGACUUCACAGAAGAUCUGGAUUUAUCCUAAGAUUAAAUUUCAGACAGAUGAAUACAAAUGGUUUUCUUUGUAGAAAUGUUACUUUGGUUUAAAGGUUUUAAAACCACAAAUCUACUUUGUGUUGGUUUAUCACAUAAAAUCCCCAUGCCAUGCAUUGACUUUUGUGGUUGUAGCAUGAGAAAAUGUAAAAAAGUGCAAGGAGUAUGAAUACUUUUGCAAGGUACUAAAGGCGCAUCACUAUCCUGAACAGCCAGCCUGCAGUCUUUCACAGGAGAGACAUGGUGAUGAACUCUGGCUUUUUUCCUAGUGCCUUUGAGAGUUUUUCAACAGGGUUUAACUAAAGAUGUGCACGUGGACAUCCACUUUAGCUUUGUUAGAAGGAGACUUAAAUGAUGUGCUGUAAGGGUCAUGCUCUAGCAUUUGAGUUACAGAAAAACAUUUUGGGAAACUUUUGUUUUGCUUUCUUCAACCUAAGGGACGACCUGUUUCCGGAAUGAGCUCGUGCAUUUUUUCUCUUCUCAAUCUCAGAACUGAUACAUGAUAAACUGGUGCUAAACAGAAACAAAUGGUGCCAUUUUACCAAGUGAGCUGUCUGUGUGUCUGCCAUACCACUGCCUCGCUGUCUCCCCCCUCCCCCUGCAACAUGUUCUUGAUGUGCCUCUGUCUCUGUUCUCUGUGCAUCCUGUUUUGCUCCAGUGUCUAAUGGGGUUGUUUCCCCCACACCCCCUGUCUCUAGAAGUGCACUAUUUCAAUAUCUGGUUGUAUUUAAGGUCACUAAAAGCAGCUUCUUAAUUUAGGAUAGAAAAAUGAGCAAGUUAUUUAAUUUUAUGUUACAGUAAAAGCUCAUUUAAUUGAGUGACAGCAAUCUAACUUAUCCUCAAACUGCUUCUUUAAGUGCAGAUAAACACAAGUUAUGUUAAUGGUUGUUCAGUGGAAUGUAUUAAAUAAUAUUUUUCCAUAUAAAUAGAUCAUUUAUAACUAUAUAGAUUGUCUUAGAUUAGCCAUUAAGUGCCUGAGGUAAAUGUUCUUAGACGAACUCAACCAAAGGGUUGAUUUGUUUCAAAAUAUUAUAUUGCACCCGCAUUUUUUUAAACAUAAAGAUUUUAAAAUGUUCUUAUUUUGAUCAGAUGUGUUUAUUUAAAAGUAAAAGAAAAUCUGAAGUUUAUGUCAUGGUAAGAAUAUCAGAAUAACUUGACAUGAUUUUGAAAAUAAAUGUUGUGACAUGUGUGUAAAAUGCCUAAAAACAUUAUUGUUGGAAGUGUUUCUAACAUGCAUUCAUAUUCAUUUUCAUUUUGAACUGUCUGUUGUAAGAUUUGUGUGUUUUCCCAGUCUGCUUCACAUUCUGUUUAAUGUGGCGUGUGAUCUGAGAGGAGGUCAGAGUAAUUAGUUUAGAUUCAUCCUAAAACCAGUGAAUGUUAAACCAAAAUGUAAACACACUAGCAGUCUUAACACAGGGACACGUAGGGCUACUUUCUCCUUUCAUUGUGAAAUCUACCUGUGUGAUGAAUGAUCCUGAAUUAACAUUGCUGUGAAAAUACCUCAAUGACUCAGGUAAACAAGCAGUUGCCUCAGAGCUGAACGCUAACACACACACUCAAAUAAUUGAAAAAAAAACCACGAAACAGGAUGAGUCCAGCUUUGGAGAGACUGCCGCUCGAUAUCUAUGCUUUAACAGCAGCUGAUCAAGCACCUCUGCCCCGUUUCUUCUCUCUCUGUGUCUCCCCUUGUUUUUCUCCCCCUUCUAGCCACUCUCAAAGCUUCAUGGAGGACAAUGUGGAACCUAAUUGGCUGAUGCACCAUCGGCAGUCUUCGGGGUGGCAUGGCCAAAUGUCCAGAGCCCUCUCUCGUGACGCGAUUGGCUGACAAAGGGAGAACUUGGGCCGUUGGUCCUAUUCUCUUGUCUCUAGGGAUGGUGCAAUCCCCCAGCGGACCAUGUAAGGAAAUGCUGGGAUUUCUUUCUUUUUUUUUCACUUUACUUGGGCCCUCUCUCUCUCUGAUUUGACAAAGGGAUUGAAAAUAAUGUGUUUGACACCUCAUUGUUGGAUCCAUUUUUCACCUAUUCAAGGUGGGCUGGACAUACUUUGGUGUUUGUGAGCCCGCCGAGCAUGCAAAGAACAGCUAUGCAGUCUGAUCAAUUAGCAGAACGGAGGAACACACAGGCCAAGGACAGCGUGGUUCUCAAAGUAAGAGAGAGAGACCUAAAGUGUAUUUCAAAGGUGCUUGACUUCUCUUGUUAUUUCAGUCCAAGCUGACUCAUAUUUAAGCAUUUCAUUUCCUUCUCCUUAGCUCUAUUAUUACAAAUUUUGAGUCUUUUUUCUUGAUUUUUGACAGACUUUAUGUUUUAGCUUUUCCUCUUUUUCGGAGUUUGAUUUCAAAAGGAAACUAAAUAUGCACAGCCUAUUUCAAAAACUGCUGAGGAACAAAAAAUCUCGCUUCAAAGAUGACUUUGGAAAAACUGGACAGAAUGUUAUUUAUAUUUCUAUAACGGAUUACUCUUAUUAUAGUAUUUAAAGGAAAAAGAAAUUCUUCAUCAGACAUCUUCUGGAGGAGAUAUUUAUUUCUUGAUAAAAAUCCGAUGGAGCGAUCCAUUUUAUAUGAACCAAGUUUUCAUACUGAGACAAUCUGAUGGAGAACAAAGUUGCUCUAAAGCACUGGAGGGACGAACUUGUGUUCUACCUACUCCCCCUGUAUGACAGUUUGCACGUUGCUGUGACCAGCCUGCUCUUUAUUUUUGGGUAUUAAUAUUUAAGAAAUAUUAUAGAAAGACACGGCAGCGGAUGUUUUCCGUCCAACAAUCGCCGAGGAGCUCUCCAUUUAUGGACGAUUUGAAAAGCCGUUGGAUGCGGAUGUUUGCUUUACGCUGACUGUGUAUUGUGUAGAGUUUGACCAGAGCAGGGGGGAUGAACUUGUUGUUUUCAUUGUGGCCAUAUUUCCAGUCGAAUUGCUGUAAAACUACUCAUUUAUUUCUGCAGCUGGACUCCGCUGACACCAGUCUGACCUGAAUAAAAAAAGAAAUCCCUGCCAUUUCUGCCUGACAUGAGAACAGAGAGAGAUAUGUUAGAGGUCCUGCUGAAAUGAGUGAAUGUGUUUGUAAAUACAUAAAUGUAUAAAUGUGCGUAUGUGUUGGCUAAAUCUUGUGUACAUAUUGGAUAUGUGUGUAUAUAUGGUAUGUCUGUGUGUAUAUAGUUUGUUUGUACAUGCAGAGUGUACAGUUAUUUUUUUCCUCUAAUGUUUCUCUCUCUUUGUAUGACUAGGUCUUCUCAAGUUCCAAACACCGAGGCAUGGAAAGGUUUUUACACGUUAUACUGACAGCUAUCAGAGGCACUUUUUACUCGCAGACUUAGAAUAUCAGCCAGGUCUGUCACUUCUAGCUACGUUCUCGAAUAAGAAGCUGCUUACAUAAUCUUAAGCUUGCACUCAUUUUCUGACCAACUUAAAAAGCUUUUUUGAUAAGAUUUGGGUGAGCAAGCAUUGUUUGUACAUAUUAUGGUCAAACCGAAACGUUUUUGUUUUUUUUAUUUCGUCCUCCUGAAAUCUUCAUUUGCACUUAUUUAAAAAGUUCUCAACUUUGCUUUGAGUUUUAUCACUUUUGGUUUCUAAGAUAUAUGUUUGAGGGUGGUUGUCAUUCAUAGGUAUAUAUUUAAUCUGACAACCCUUAUAUAUGUUUCUUGAAAUUUUGCUCCCCAAAUCCUGCGCUCAUGGAACCGUUUUAUGCAGGCAAAUCCGUCCAUGAAAGCAUACUGUUAUUACUUAAAACUGCUUGUUUUUGUAUAGGUCCUAACUAAAUAAGUGUGCCUCCUCCAUAUACUCUUACUAACCAUAGAUCCAUUAUCUCUGCUGGUCACACAUGUUCACUCCCUCCUUUACAAGCCAUAGCCCCUUUUCCCCCUCAGAUUUCCUCUAUUGUUGUUUUUCCAGGACAGACCUUUGGGGAUUUUGUGUAUAUUAAUGGAAGAGUGGUGUUGAAGAGUGUUUUGCAAUUAUAUAUGGAUUUGUUAUGAAUGUGGAUAUUCUGCUAGUUGAGUUAUUAUUGUAAUAAUGAUAAUAAUCAUUGCCUCUUUGAUUUUGUUGAUUAAUGAUGCAGUUGAAGAAGAUGACAUUGUUUCUUUUCUCCUUUUUUUUCUUUUUUUUUUUUGAACACACCGCAAUUUAUAUUUUUCGGGUGGGUGACAGCGGAGAUAGAAAUACAUAAUUAAAUUAAUAAAUAAAAAAAAUAUUUGAAUUCUUACCUUGUAGUGUGUUGUUUUUAAAUCAAGGAGUUGAAUUGAAAUACUUUAUUUUUCCCAAGGGAAAAUUCAAAACAUUCUCAAAACAAUUAAUAAAAAAAACUAAAAUAAAAUAAUAAAAUUAAGAGGCUGCAAAAAAGUCCUUCGCUCUUACAGCACAGAGUUUGCAUGCUUUCCCUGUGCAUAGAUGAAGAUAAAACAACACACAAUAAAAUUAUAUCAGCACUCCAGGCAGCACAAACCAUCUAGAAUAAUAAAAACCCAACAGCCAAAUGGUUAUAAAAAACUAAAGUGUCAGUUUGAUAUUGAAUUACUUGAUAUUUUAUGUUUUAAUUGGCAUAUCUGAGGAAAAAAGUACAUAAAUUGUACAAUCUCUUUCUUUAUUAUUUAUUGAACUAAAAAAAAUCAAAAUCUGUCUGAAAAAAAAAACUAUGUUCACCCUUGUUGCUUUCACUAGAUUUCUGAGAGAAAGUGGCAACUAGGUGAAAAUUACCUGAUUUUCAUCACUGUGACCAGUUCUACAAAAGCAGUUUGCAACUUUGGAGUAGAAAGAUACAACAAUGCCAAGUUGGAAUGAUGUAGACAUUUAAAGACAGACAUUUUUAACAAAUCCCAUGGAUCAGGAUUAUUUUCUUCAUGCAGACUCAUUCCACUCAGUGUUUGGAUGUGUGAAAACCUCCCUGGUGAGUUUCUCCUGUUUCGGGCUGCACAACCAUCCCCUCUCACCCACAGCAACAGAUGUUUUUCUUCUGUGAGUCUCCUCUCAGAUGAGCAGAGCAGAUCGUUUCUUCAUGCUGUCCCCUGCCAGUGUGCCGAGGGUGAUGAUGGACCCAAGAAGAGGGGAUUCAGCAGAACACGGCAUGCUUGUCAGGGUGCUACCCUCCCAUUGCGGAUCGCCUGGAGACCUUCAGGCAGUCUGGCAACACGUGACUUUAGAAAGAACUGAAAGAAUACGACACAGUGGAAGAGCAGGAACAUUUGUAAAGUGUUCAAUCGCCUUUCAGGGGAAAUCUUAUGUCCUGAUUUUCAUCUUUGAUGUCUAAUAACACCAAACAGUGAAACAAUGUUACCUUUUUUUAAUUUUCUCUAAUAUUCUGAAAUGAUGCAAAGUCAUUUUUUGUUAGUUUUUUUUAAUGGAAACAAAAGCAGGAUUAUAAACAGAUCUGCACAUAUCAAGCAAAAGGAAUUAUUCCAGUCCUUAGUGCCGAAAUUAUUUUCACGUUUUAUUACAUGUUCCCAUUGUAACUGGUCAAACCUUAAAAUUAAAUCAUGUCUCUCCAGCUCUAGCAGUGGAUCACAGGCAUGCACAAUAAUCUUUGCAGACAUCUGCUGACAAGUAGGAGACAUUACAAAGCAAUUAAAAACCUAGAAGCAAUAACAGUAAUCAACUUAUGCAUGUUUUUAGAGAAAUACAGCUUUUUAUGACUGAUUUAAAAGCUCUACAUUGAAAAUGUCCUGCAGUUUUGUUUUUAUAAGCAAGGUUUAGAUGUGUCUUACAAGAUGAUCCCACUCAGGUAUACUGAACUACAUAGCACCAGUUAUACCACAUACAUUGUCAAAAUUGAGUCACAGUAACUGAAAAAAAUUAUAAAGUAUAUUAGAGGUCACUGAAUUAAUUUACAAAUACUCGUUAAAAUACGGUGAAAAGCACCUGAUGGAGAAUUUCAAGCAGACCCUGUGAUUGUCCAGUUUUGCAAAAUAUCAUCACUUAUUAAAACACAAAUAGCAGCAAGAUUGGAAACCUUUAAUCUUCCUUAGCAGUAAGUUGAAACUGAUCCACUGCAGCACCAUGGACAGCUCUCCAUUCCAGUAGCCUAUCUCUCAGUCUAGAUAUGUCUAAUUCAUAGAUGUUAAACAUUCUUUAAAAAUCUCUUGUUGAAGUGUGCAAUGCAAGCGUUCUUGAAAGCAAAAAAUUCAUAACAGUGAACAAUGUGAAACAACUUUUAUCAGCCGUGCAAGGACAACGGGAAUAAACCUGUGUUUGGGUAAUAUCUAUGUAUAUUUAUUUAUUUCGCUUUACACAUUUUGAACUUAAGAGAAAUUGUAAAAUUCACUCUUGACAAAAUAAAACUUGUGUGAUAAUUUAAUUGUAUCAUGAGGUUUACGUGGUUCAAUGGGUCAACCCUCUAUGCCAUCCUGUACUAUAUAUCGAUACAAGUCGUUGUAUAUUGUUGGAGCGCAAUA